AGACGACUGCGUCGAAAGCUCCUCGCCCGCAACCGACCCUCUCGAUUCUGCAACUGUACGCGCCCCAAACUGUCUUGCUGCGUUCAAGUGGUUGUUGCACACCCGAGGCUGCGGAAACGGGUCUGGCUUCGGGAUGGAGCCAGACCGGGAUGGAGGAGAGACACGACCGGCAUGUGCGUUGCAAGAUUCGACGUCACCUAAAGAGAGCGCUCCGGGGCCAACCAAUUCACCGCCGACUACCUCGGAAACGAGCAGCGAGACAAGCACCCACGACUCUCUCGUCACUGUUCGCCUUUCCGAGCCGCCAUCGCUUCACCUAGUCACGGGCGCACCGCCGAGUACGAUUCCCGCGAAGACGAGCCCGCUUACAAACUACGAGUCGAGCGAUGCCCAGGCUGAGACGCCAGGGGAGGACGACGAUGACAGCGAAUCGGAGAUUUUCGAGCCUGAGAACUCGGCAUCCAAACGCAGACCCAACUUGCUCCAAGAAUUAGGGCGGGCCAAUGCGGAGAGUACAGACGAUGGGGGAGGGGAAAAUAAUCGCCCCGGCUCGAGUUCCAGCGUAGGGUCUGAGCGAGUGGACUGGGAAGAAUUACAAAAGAAGGAGGAACUGGAACUGAAAGAACAAGGCUCCAACAAUGUGCGCUCACCAUCCCAAGGCACACCUAUUCCCGUUCCUGCCGCGACUGACACCUCAUGCACGCGACAGACCACGGCUUCGCUAUUGGCCAGGACAGAGCAGGAAAAUGUCCGAUCUGCGACAGGCUCCAAGGGCGGGAGGUCCAAGGCGACCGAGAAGCGGCAGUCACGCGAGAGCCGGCCUAGGCCUCCCUCGAUGGCACAGCUGCGGAAGAUGGUCAACGGUCCGACCCCUCCCGCACUGCGAUACUCGAAGCUGCCGCCGACGCCAAUGACCGAGCUUGACUUCUACCUGGCCUUGGUCAAGGACCCCAAGCAGACGGCGGCUCGGCUGCCCACGCUGCUGACCAACAAGGUACGAAAGGGCAUCCCGCCGCCCCUGCGAGGGGUCGUCUGGCAGAGCAUGGCAGGUGCCCGCGACAGCGCCCUGGAGGAAAUCUUUGACCGACUUUCCGGCGAGUCCAGCCCGUAUGAGGGCGUCAUCAGCAAAGAUCUCGGGCGAAGCUUUCCCGGUGUGGACAUGUUUCGCGAUCCGGACGGCGAUGGCCAGCGAAUGUUGGGCCGGGUGCUCAAGUGUUUCAGCCUCUACGACACCAAAAUUGGGUAUUGCCAAGGACUAGCGUUCCUUGUAGGGCCUCUGUUGAUGCACUUGCCGGACAAGCAGGCUUUCUGCGUUUUAGUCAGGCUGAUGGAAAACUACGAUCUGCGCCAAUGUUUUGUCCCUGACCUGUCGGGCUUGCACAUCCGAAUUUACCAAUUUCGCGAACUGCUGCGGCAGCAUCUCCCCACACUGUCGGCCCAUCUCGACGGAUUGCAGGUCGAGCCCGCCUACGUUUCGCAAUGGUUCCUGUCGCUCUACGCCGUAACGUGCCCCCUGCCAAUGCUGUUUCGCAUCUACGAUGUGAUUUUCGCCGAGGGCGCCUCGGAAACCAUCAUGCGAGUAGGCUUGUCUCUCAUGCGCAAGAACCAGGUGCGCAUAUUGGCCUGCACCGAGCUCGAAGAUGUGAUGCGCCUGCUGCUCUCGCGGGGACUCUGGGACUGCUACAACUACAACGCGGACGAGUUUGUCCAAGACUUUGUCGCACUCGCCAACGUCGUUACCAAGGAACGACUGAUAGCGCUAGAACAGGGGUACAGGGAAGCUAAGAUUAGUCCGAGCGCCAAUCUCCGUGGGGCACAGGCGGCACAAGCGUCGGCAGAUGUAACGACCGCCGCCUCCCGUUUCCUCGGUCGCAUCUGGACCUCUUCAUCCACCCCCAAGCUUGCCCCUAUUCCGGCGGCAGCUCAGCCUUCUGGAUCCACGUCCAACAGCACGCUCAACCCCGGAAUCGGCACCGGAUCGCGUUCGCUCAGCAUGCUUCGGCGAAGCACCUCGAAACAGAGCCUCUCGUCGAUGGAGGCUGCCUCCUCGACAACAUCAUCUGCUGCUAGCGUUCUCAGUUCCGUCUCGACCGAAGCAACCACUAUUUCGCGCGACAGCGCUCCCGACGACCUACCCAGGGAAGCGACCCCGUUGGCAUCCAAGACGGCGCCAACCGCCUUCUCUGGGAGCGUCAAUACGUCCAAGGACGGCAGCAAGUACUUGCACAGUCAGAUCGAAGAUUUACUCACCGCGCUCAGCGAACUGCAGCGGAAUCAUGCGCUCCUGGCGAAUCAGUUGCAGCGGGAGAAGGAAGAGCGCGAGGAUGACCGGCGAGCCGUUCGGUCGCUGCUGGACGGCUUGCGCAAGAAGGCGGAUGCAAAGAUGGAACGCAACGAGACUACACCAACCGAGCAGGCCACUGUGUCCGGAGGCGCCAGUACCGGGCCGACAGCGGAGCAACUUUCCGACCUGCUCGACGUCGUCGAACUGCGCUUCAACGAACCGGCUGCCAGUCCCAGAUCGUCGACGCACGAGACGAAAAUGCAACUACGAGAGGAAUUGGCGAGAACGAGAGAACAGUUAUCACAAGAGCGAGCGAAGGUCAAGGAAUAUGACCGCAAGAUACAGGAGUUGGAACAAGAGGUGGCCACCGUGAGGGACCAAUUGAGGGACACCCAUGCGCAUGUUCGGAGUGUACACCAAGAAAAGCAGCGGCUCGAGAGACAGAUCCACGGGCUGCGGGCGAGGGCGUCUGACACACCACCAAGCGCGGACAAUGGCGAAUGGUUUCCCAGGACCGUUGGCGGCGGUGUCGCAGGAACGGGGCUUCGCGGGCUCAAACUGGGCCGCAGCAGAUCAACGCCCUCGCAAGCGGCGUCAAAUCACGGAAACAAGCGCGUGUCGUCCGCGACGAUGAAGAAGCAGGACGGCAACGAGCCGUUGCCGUCCGGGGGCACUCAGAAUAAUACACCUCCCAACGAGAAUGACGCCCUUGUCCUUGAGCUUGUGCAGGCCAAGACCGCCGAAGCCGUUGCCCGGCAGGAGCUGGAAGAGGCGAAGCAGAAGCUAGAGCAGUUCCGCAAGGCAUUCGGACUCGCUCCAGGGGAGUCGCCGCCGGUGCUACAGCAUGGAGGGAACUCGACGCCGCCGCCGCCGUCGACGUCGACGUCCUUCAGCGGCAUGAUUGGCCGGCUGACGGGUUCAAGCACGAUGCCUGUCGGCUCGGAGUCGUUCACGAAGGCGUCCCUCUCGCCGACAACGAAUAACACAUCGAGCGGCGGGUUCUGGGGCUGGAGGAGGUGAAGUUUUGCUCGGUCUAAUAACUGCUUUUCUGUUUCUCUG